CCAGGCUCAGAGAGGCAAUGGCCACCUUAGCCCGGCUGCAAGCUCGCUCCACGUUUAUAGGACAUCAGUACUACUUUAGGAACAGCGUUGUGGAUGUAUUUAGGAAAAAAGAACAUGAUGCAGCAGUUAAAAUCCAGAGUUGGUUUCGAGGAUGUCAAAUUCGGUCAUAUAUCAGGUAUUUACAAAGAAUAGUAGUAGUUAUUCAAAAAUGGUGGAGAGGUUACUUAGCAAGAAAACAUUACCAACUAAUUGUGAAGUUAGCGUAUUAUACUAUGAAGAUGAAUAUCUACAAUGCAAUGGCUGUCAGGAUUCAGAGACGAUGGCGAGGCUAUAGGAUUCGGAAAUACUGCUUUAAUUAUUUUUAUUUGAAGGAGUACCUGAGAGCUGUUUCAGAGACCAAUGAUACAAUUAGGGAGGCCCUGGAGGAGUUUGCAGAUAUGAAAGAGAGAGAAGAGAAGAAGGCCGAACUCGAAAGGGAAGAGAAGAAAAGAGAUUACCAGGCUCGAAAGAUGCAUUACCUCCUCAGCACAAAGCAGAUUCCAGGCAUAUACAAUUCACCAUUCAGAAAGGAACCUGAUCCGUGGGAGCUGAGGCUACAGAAGGCAAAGCCUUUAACACACCGAAGAUAUCAGGUCAAGCCCACGCGCUCCGUCCAGCUCAGCAGCUGGCUGGCUUGUACUAGUGCUCGAUCCUUUCCUCGGUCCGAAUUUCUGCCACCCAUUGAUAGGAAACCGUGUCAGGGACCCUUCCGUGACAUUGCUGAAGUAUUGAAGCAGCGCUACAAGCCGUUGGAGCCAACUUUGCGAUCAGAAGAACCAAUCAAUGAGCUAAAAGCAGCCAGAGAGGACUUAAGAAGACAAGAAUGGACCAAAAACAUUCAUGACAAUAUGUUUUUGCCAUUUUCUUCCUACCAUAAGAAUAAAACGUACAUCCCAUCAAUGCAUUCUUCGAGCAAGUAUGGUCCCAAUUCUCUUGGACGUCAAUGUUUCAGAGAUGAAAAUCCUAAGAAAUGGAUCUGUGACAAAGGCUACUAGAAAAUUAAAACUACGGAUGGGACCCAUGUUGUAUUUCCAUUGGCCAGCGCUGCUGUACACCAUACAUCUGCCCAGUUGUUGGGAUAAAAAGGACUUGAUUUUAAUGGAACCUUUGGCAAAUUUCCCUCUGGAAGCUCAGACAAGCAUUUGCCUCUGAUGUCCUUAUGUGUUUUUUUGUUUGUUUGUUUGUUUUUUCACUGCUAUGUAGUGUAUUUGAUAGUACCACCAGUUUCUUCGGCUAUGUCUGCUUCCUCCUCAGUUCACUAAGUUGCUCCUUCUGGUGCACUCAAUGAGUUUUUAAAAAAACAUACUUAAAGUUUUGGCUUCAUAGUUACCUUGCUAAGUAUAAUUAUUUGCUAACUAUACUUCACAGGUACUAAAUGGACAGAUAAUCCCAGAGCUCCCAAUUU